AUGAAGUCUCCAAGGAUGAGAGUCUGUCCUAGGUCAGUCUUGCUGUCUCACUGGCUCUUUCUGGCCUAUGUGUUAAUGGCGUGCUGUAAGCUGAUGUCUGCCUCCAGCCAGCACCUCCGGGGGAACGCAGGUCACCACCAAAUCAAGCAAGGGACCUGUGAGGUGGUCGCAGUGCACAGGUGCUGUAACAAGAACCGCAUAGAGGAGCGAUCACAAACGGUCAAGUGUUCUUGCCUCCCAGGACAGGUUGCUGGCACAACUCGAGCUCAGCCUUCUUGUGUUGAAGCUUCCACUGUGAUUCAGAAAUGGUGGUGUCACAUGAAUCCUUGUUUGGAAGGAGAGGAUUGCAAAGUGCUGCCAGAUCACUCAGGUUGGUCCUGUAGCAGUGGGAAUAAAGUCAAAACUACAAAGGCAAGUAUAGACAUAACCCAACUUUUCCCCUUUAUGAGUAUUUGGAAUUACUCGAGCUCUCAAUCAUUUUCAACCCCUGAGGUCAAGAGCAGCUGGGUGCUGGAGAAGCCUGCAACCCAGAAAUGCCAAAGGGUGCAGACAAAACAUAGCCCCCCUAAGAAACCUGCUUUCUUUCACGCCAAGGACCGAGAAAAGGGCAAUCCAAAAGAGCAGAAACCAUUAGCCGGGUCUGCCUGUUCUUGA